GGAAAGUUUGGGGUGAAGUUUGACGGCGCGGGGGGGAGUUGGCGCUCAGUGAGAGGGAGCUUCCUGAGCAGAUGUGCAGUGAAGAGUAUUAUGAUCUGGCAGGAUGAGCACUUGUCGUUGGUGCACACCUCAACACCAGUCAACAGUCGAGUUUCUACGAAGUUACUGUUCUGAGCAGCUCUCAUCACAGGAGCUAAAAGCUGCCAAUGAGGACCUUUGUUAUUGCCUAGAAUGUGUGGUGGACUAUCACAGAGCCCGUGAUGAACUUCCAUCAGUACACAAGAAUUUGUGGAAAAUCGAGACUAAGCGUCUGGUAGAACAUUUUGAAAAGGCACUAAAAGAAGAGGAGGAGGAAGAAGAUGAACUGUUCUUAAUUGAGGAUGAGCAGGAAAUUCAGCUCCAUGGAUACAUGGCAGCAGAUAUUGAGAAUGACCUCCGGGUUCCCAUCAUUGAGAUCCUUAAAUACCCAUACUUACUGCUUCAUGAACAUCUCAGUGAGUUAUAUGUUGAGGCCCUUAUCAAAAUGGAGCAGGGGAAUUUCUCUUUUCAGAUAUUUGAAAAGUAUCCUGGAAUCUAUCUACUUUUGGUGCACCCAAAUGAAACGAUCAGGAAGUGGGCAAUCCUUGCUGCCAGAUCUCUUGGAAAGGUGGAACGAGAUGAUUUCUAUGACCUACAGGAAGUGAUAACCUGUUUAUUGAAAGUGAUUGAAUUGGAUCUUUUUGAAAAUACAGAUUUUUAUAACAGUUAUGGAAUGGAAGAGGGAAAAUUAAUUCUUUUACCACCCCAUCUUUAUGAUGUUACCAACCACAAGAACUACUGGCUUGGUAUCUGCAUGCUGCUGCUGGUAUUGGAUGAACAGGCUAUGGACUCAUUACUACUUGCCCAUGAUAAGCAGAAUGACUUCAUGAAGUCCAUUCUGAACACCAUGAUGAAAAGUAAACCAGGUGAUGCUUCUGAUCCAUUUUGGCCAGCUCUGCAGUGCUUCAUGGUAAUCCUUGAUCGACUUGGAUCAAAAGUCUGGGGCCACCUCAUUGACCCCACUGAGGCAUUCCAGACUAUUAUUGGAAGCCAGAGUUACAACAAUGAGAUAGAAAAAAUUCGCAGUUCAAGAAAUAAUACAAAGGUAAAAUAUGAUCUGGAUGAUGAUGAUGACGAUGAUGUGGUUUCGUGUAGCCAGAUUGUCUAUGAUUAUGACGCAAGAAAGCAAAGCAAGGAUGCAGGCUGGAAACACACAACUUGUGCAGAGUAUUACCCAAGCAUGUAUGAUGAAAUGCAAAGUCUUGCACAGGUGCUACAAUGUGACAUUGGACAAGACAUGCGUGUACAUAACAGUACAUUUCUCUGGUUUAUCCCAUUUGUCAAUUCUGUCAUGGACCUAAAGGAUCUUGGCAUAGCCUACAUUGGUGAAGUGGUUCAUCAUAUCUACUCUGAGAUAAAGGAUGUUCUGAAUCGGAAAGUUGAUUUCUGUGAUAAAGUGACUGAGUUCUUCAUCCUUAUCUUGGUGUCCAUCAUAGAACUUCACAGAAAUAAAAACUAUCUGCAUUUGCUUUGGUACAGUUCACAAAAGUGGGUGGGAGCAUUGGUGAAAUGUGCCAAUCUUCCUGCCAGAGUUUUUAACCAAAACACAGAGAGAACAGCAGCCACAAGUAACUUUAAAGUCUCAUCAACUGUACUUGCAGUGAAUUCAGCUUCAGCAUGCUCUUCCAUCACAAAUUCAGUACAACAGUCAUGUGUUCGACUUAUUCGUAGUUUCCUGAGAGAAGGAUGUCAAUCUCAGCAAAGAAGCGUGUUUCAACAGUUCCUCGAUAGACUAAAUCUGCAACUGCGAAGCACUUUUAUCCUUGGCUGGCAGUUGAAUCUCGAAGAACAGCAGGAAUUACAGUCUUGUUUAACACUGUUGGUUAAAAAUGCAAAAUGCAGAACCUCUGAACUGAAACAACUGGCCACGGUUGGAAAAGGAAGUGGUCAGAAGUUUCCUUCAAUUAAACGUGAAAAAGAGGACACAGGGGAAUGGGGAAAGAUGCCAGGAUAUUGUAAUCGUGGUCCUGGGCCACCGUGUUCAUUGAUUCAAACAGACAAUAGAUCACUUAUUCAGAAAAGUGUAAUGAAUCAAGAAAAAUUGGCUGUUCGCACAGGUCAAAAUGACUGGCCAAAAGGAUCGUCUGUGGGUGGAGAAUUUCCGUGUAAAGCAGAAUUCUCCAUGUGUGAUGAUGGUGCUUUCCUUAAUGAGACCAGAAUUAAUGAAGCAGAUGUUUUGAAAGUUGGCCAUGCUGAAGAACUGUCUUCAUUGACAACCAGAGUGGAAAUUUGUGCUCCUCCUCCCUCCACUCCUCCUAUAGACAAAGUCAUCAGGGCUGAUCUACCAAGCAGACAGGAACAGGCAGUUGAACAACUGGGUGGACUCAAAUGUGCAUCUGUUGCUGAUGUGGAUUUCACCGUAGGUUCUUUGCCCAAUGAUAAUUUACAGGCUAAGCCCCUUGAAGUGACUCCAAGUGUUAACCACAAAGAAAAAUGGAAGCGAUCCAUGUUAAUAGAAUUCCAGAAAUCCAACAGUGAUAAUGCAACAAAGCCUGAAGCUGCCUCCACCAUAAAUAACCAGCAUGUUCAUUCCACAGUAACAUGUGGUCCUGUAGCAGGUGAUUUGCCUCAGAAAAUGGAAUCAGUUGAGACCCUACCACGUAAGUUUAAGAUUGACCAAAACAUACUAUUAAAUCUGAAAGUCAAGAUGCAAGCAGUUGAUAUUAAGGGAAAGAUAAUGAAGGAAAACAACUCUUCUAGUAAAGAAAGGAAAUUAGAAGAGUCGGCAACUGUAGAAAUUGACAGUAGUCGAUUAGAUGAUAUGAAUAUUAGAAAUGGCAACCGGAAUAUUGACUUCAGCAAAAAAUCAAUAGAUGGCAGUACUAGUACUGAACAUGUGACAGCCUCCCAUCCUCAGUUGUCACCAAUUUCUGACAAAAGAGAGAAGCCCUCAAAUUCUAAUGAUUUAGUACUUGGUCCUUUGUUGCUGGAUAAAGCAAACUCAAGCAAUGCCUUCAAAGCUCCUAACCUGCCAAACCAGUCUCACCAGUGUACAAGCGAGAGCAGUGACGGUGAUGAUGUUCCUUUAAGUAAAUUAAGGGCAAAGUUGAAAAGAAGUAUUUCGUUAACCAGAGAGGAAAACACAGAUGAUUCAAAGAUGAAUAAAGAUCUUGGAAAGCCCUUGAAAGUUACUUCUGUGAACGUUCCUAAUUUAUCCAUUGACUUGUCCAAAGAGUUGGACAAAAUCCAAACAUUAAACAAAAUUGAUAGAAAAGUAAAAGUUUCCCCUCACAUACAAUUAUGUGAUUCUGUUCAGCAUAAGGAAAAACCUAAAUGUGAUUCGUCUGUGGUAGAGCCUACAAUUGACAAGGAUUCUGAAGUUGUCAAUAUCUCCAAUUCGCACUCAACAAAGGAAAAUAACAACAUAUUAGAAGUUGAAAGACGUGAAACACAAAAUCUAGUAGGUACAACCAGUGUAGUGGAGAUCGCUGACUCAACUGAGAAAAAUAAAACUUGCCUGCAAGAAACGCCUACAUCUAGCAAGCCCUCACCAACUCUUUUUGAGGAAUAUGAUUCACAGAUUUUUGAGUUUGAAAGUGAAGAGCAGGUAUAUUCUGUUUGGGAAGACGUUCAGUUGCAUGAGCAAAAUGUUGAGAAUGAAAAGCCGGAACAAGAUGAUGAAUCUGAUGUACACACCAACAGUGAUGAUGCAGAUAUUAACAGCGUGGUUAAUGAAUGGGGGUAUGAUACAGAUUACGUCCCUGAUGAGUUAAUUGAAAAGGUGGCUGAAGAGGUAGAAGCACAGUUGAAGGAAGAAAUAACAGCAAGUAAAACUGACAGUGAGAAACAGUUACUGCUUGGGGUAAAACACAUUUCUCCAUGCAGGUCUGCAGGUGAAGGUACAUCUGUUUCAUGUUCUCGGCUGAGUUUUAAAUCUGCUAGUAACCUUCAUAAAGAGAAAGAAAAAUACAGUAAAAUCGCAAAAAGUAAUCAAAAUUUGUCUGAUAUAAGUAAACGUAAGCUUGCAUCUGCAAAAAAUAUGCCAGAUGUUCAGCCAGAAAAAAAGCAAGCAAGAAAGAAGAUAACAGCAGGUAGAGAUGAAAAUGCAAGAAACAAAAAUGGAAUAAGAGAAAAAUACUUAUCCCAAGUCAGUUCUAGAAAAGGUUUAAACAAGUUCAUUUUGCCUAAGCAAUCUACAAAUGGUCAUCUAGACCAGAAAGCUAAGAAAAAUAGUUCAAAUAAAACUUCAGAGACAAGAAGCUCCCAAACAUCAUUGGCUAAUACUUCUAAAUACACCAAGAAGAAUAGGCAAAUUAAUCUUCCUUUGGAAAAGCUCCCUUCCGCCUCAUCUCCAAGAAAAGUGCGUAAAUGGCCUGAACCUACUUCAACCGUUGAAAAGCUCAGUCUCAAAAAGAAAACUCGUAAAGCUCUUGACCUUUCUCAAGGAAGCCUUGAUGAUCUGAAUAAAUUGCGUAAUUAUGGACAAGUAAUCGGAACUAUUGAGAACAAGCACCCCAAGAAGGCAAAACUCAUUGCGCCACGGAAAUUGGUGAUAGCUAGAAAUUCCCGUUUGCUGGCCUCCCAGGACCGUCAGUAUAUAAGACAGUCGAGAACUCAGCGGCACCAUAAAGAAAAGAAAAGGAUAAGUCCAUCUGAUGAAAAUGUUUUCCCAAAAGGAUCUCUGUCCUCUACAGAAAGGCAAGACUCUUCUACUUGUGUCCAAACGAGUCAAAAGCUCCCAUCUACAUCAGUGGAAAAUAGCAGUAAUUGUACUGCAGCUACUGUGGGCUCAUUAAAAAGGGAAACAAGUUCGUCUUCAACUCAGGAAAAGUUGUCAAGUGUGAGUGUAAGUGAUGACUUGAAUUUAACACAGCAUGAUCCUUUGGAUAUGGAUAUUAGUGCAGAUGAAAACCUGGAAGAUGAUGAUCUGUUAAUGUUGACGCAGAGGGAUCCUAUAGAUAUGGAUAUCAGUAGUGAUACAACAGAAGAAGAGGACAGCACAAUAAAACCUUCAAAUUCCAAUGUGACCUGUUGCCAGUAUACAGGCUGCACAGAUGCCGUUGCACCUUCAGAAAGGUUUUGUAAGAACCAUGCUGCAUCCGAACCCAAGGAUGAUGUUUUUGCCAAGCCAGGAUUACCUCUGUCUGAUCUGAAAAGCUCAAGACCCUCUACUGCCAAAUGCUUUGCUUCUAGCUCUACUUCACGUAAUGCUCAGCUUGCUACAGCAAUGGAGGUUAUCCCCAAACGCCCAGCUGUGGCAGUUUCUAAAGUGCAGCAAUUUCAGAAGCCUCUAACGGAAAAGUUCACUGUGCCACAGUCAUCAAGACCAAGCCAACCUGCAAAAGUAGUGGGAACUAACAUCCUUCGUACACAAAACGAAAAUGUGAAUUUCAGACCAAAAUCAAGUUUUCCUACAGCGGUUUCAGAAUCACACUCUGUGCGUGAAACUUGGCCACCAGGGAGAUCUAGACAGGCUUCUCCUUCCAUUGAUAUAACAGAUUACCAUCAACGGGACCAUUCUUACCUUAUCAAUGCAGUUCUUAAGUGGAAUUAUCAGAUGUUUGACAUGUUCGAUCAGUUUGGGGCACCUGAUAUGCUUUGUGAAUUUCCACUACGAGAGGUGCCUGAAAGAUUUAGAUCAUAUGAAGAGUACUUCACCACCUUUUACCCGUUACUGAUGUUAAAUCUGUUUGAACAGCUAGCUCAGAAAUUGAUGGAAUCCAAGCAGACAAAUAAAAUGAUUCACAACUCUCUGAUGCUGAAGAACUACUGUGUAGAGGGCAGAGUAAACCGGGCAGAAUUUCAAGCUUCACUACAGGACCACGAACUUGAGAAACAACUGUACCCAAAGGAAGAUGAUGUUGUUUUUCUCUGGCUGCCCCAACGUCACAAUUACUACAUGCAAGACGAAAGUGAAAUGAAUGGUGUAAUUCCACAUAUAGCACAUGUCUCAAGAACAUCGCGUUUCUCGGGACGAGAUUCACAGACAACUCUUUACCUUACAAUCCAUACACGAGGAAAUGUCAGUGCUAUAGAAAACCAGCCAGUGAGGUGCGAUGUAAUUGGAUCCAUUGUGACAACCAUACGACAGUUCAAAGGAUUGCUUUCUCUGGCCAAGACUCUUCUGAUCAGGCCAAUUCUUUCUGCCCAUUCCUCAUUCUUUUUUGAGCGAGACAUCAUGGAGAAUACAAAGUGGAGUAAUGCUAAUGAUUACAAUGUGUGUCAGCAGAAAGCAAUUAACAUGGCAAUGUCAAUGGUUAAACAGCCAAGAAUUCCCAAAGUCUGUCUCAUCCAAGGGCCACCUGGAACAGGAAAAUCGAAAACCAUUGUUGGGCUCCUGCAUCGUUUGCUUAAUAAGGAUCAAGAAAAUGUUAAACCAUCUUACAGUAGGAACACGAGAACUAAACACGCAAGGAUUCUUGUAUGUGCUCCAUCAAAUGCAGCCAUUGAUGACCUCAUGAAAAAAAUCAUUAUUGACUUUAAGUUGAAAUGCAAAAAUAUGAAGAAUUGCUUAGGAAAUUGUGGAGAUGUGAAUCUGGUAAGACUAGGUACUGAAAAAGCCAUCUCACCUGAUGUUAUGGGAUUCAGUUUGGAUUAUCAAGUCAAUCAUAGAAUGAAGAAGGAGCAAAUUGAUGCUGAUCAGAUAAUUCAUAGAGAAAAGGAUUGGUUGGAUAAGAAGCUGGAUGAACUGGGGAAGCAAUGUGCGAUCAUCAAAAAAGACAGUGAGCAAAUUGAACUGGCAAUUCAAGAGCGGAGAAAACUAGAGAGGGAGAGGGCAGAACUUGGACGCAAACUAAAGGAGGUUCAAGGUCGAACCCAAGAUAUCCAACUAAAAAUUAUCCUGGAAUCACACAUCAUCUGCUGUACUUUGAGUACCAGUGGCAGUGUACUUUUGGAAAUGUCAUUCCGAAAGUUGGGUCAUGAACCAUUUAACUGUGUCAUUGUGGAUGAGGCUGGGCAGGCAUGUGAAACUGAAAUACUGAUUCCAUUGAUGUACCGUUGCCCCAAACUAAUUCUUGUAGGUGACCCUGAGCAACUGCCACCAACUAUCAUCUCCAUGAAAGCAAAAGAGUUAGGCUAUGGCCGAUCAAUGAUGUGCCGACUGCAAAAGUGCCUGCAAGGUGAAGUGAAUCAGGCUAAUUGUGGACACAGCCCGGUGCUGUUGCUGUUGACCCAGUACAGGAUGCAUCCUGACAUCUGCCUGUUUCCCUCCAAAUACAUAUAUGGAAAUAUGUUAAAAACUGAUGAAAAUGUAGAGAUGGAGCGGUGUCGGCUGAACUGGCCUUUCCAAUCAUACAUGUUGUUUGAUGUGACAGAUGGAUAUGAAUGCAGGGAAAAAGACUCUUAUGCUAACCCACAGGAAGUGAAACUGGUGGUAGCCUUAAUCAGUAUGAUUGCAGAGAAACAGAAAGGAACUUGCCGUAAUAUUGGAGUGAUCACACCAUAUAAUGCACAGAAACAGGGAAUCAUCAAACAAAUUGAGCAAGAGUGUAAAAGGGCUAGGCUUGAACAUGGCAGAACAGUGCAAGUUGGCACAGUGGAUGGAUUCCAAGGAUGUGAGAAGGAUUGUAUUAUUGUCAGCUGCGUUAGGGCAAACAGUCUUCAGAGAUCUAUUGGGUUCUUGGCAGACCGACAGCGACUGAAUGUUACGAUAACCCGAGCUCGUUUGAGUCUUUUCAUUCUGGGACAUUUGAAGACUCUUAUGGAAGAUAAAGACUGGAAUGCUUUGAUUCAGGAUGCAAAGAAAAGAGGAGCCAUUGUGAAAACAUGUGAAAGGGAAUACAAGAAGGACUGCCAAAAAGUUACAAAACCAAGACCCACUUUCCGCAGAAACAUUUCUGAUCCCGGUGCACUCACAAAUGAAAGGGAACCUGUUCCUGCUCUCAAAAAAUUCAGGAGUGAUAGUUCAAAUUUCAAAACUACUCCAAAUCAGUUAAGUGACAUCAGCAGUGCACGAAUUCCCAAACAACCAAUUCCUUCUCAACCAACUGCACUACAACGGCAAUGUAGGCCUCAGGCUUCUGCUACUGUACAGCCUGAGGCAUCAAAUACUGUUACACAUCCUCAGACUUCGGUUAGAUCGGAGCAGUCAUCUCAGUCCAGACAUAAGGAUCCGAGAUUGGCCCGAAGAGAAGCUUCAACCAAGGAGGUUCAGCCACAAUUAAAGGCCAAUCAGUCUCUUUCAAAAUCAAGUGAAGUUUUGCCACCAAAUUCAUCUACAUCCAGUGGUCGGCAUCGGACAACACAUUCUUCACACUUUGGACAGACUCCAAGAAAUUAUGUUUCCAGGGCCAGUGUUCCUUCUACUUCCAACACGGAUUUAGUCUUUCCUUCUGGGGCCUCUGUGCACGGCAGUGGUAAAGAUACAGUAUACAGGCUCAAAAAUCUGUAGGUUCCAGGAGAGAAGAACAUGAUGGAAAGGAGAAAAAAAGAUGAAUAUUGACAACAAAAAAGGAGAAAGCAGUGAAAUGUGUAUUGGUUUAAAAAGUAUUCUCUUAAUAUGUUUGACUCUAUUUUUCUCAUACAAGGCUGAUACAAAAUGUGCUUCUAAAAAAUACAUAAUCAUUGAUAGGUGUACAAAUCAUAGGGUCAUAGACUAUAAUGGAGCAUUUUUUCUUACUGUUUUAUUGAAAAGCAGUAUUUUGUAUUCUUGGCAUUUUGGCAUUUAUCCUGUUUAUUGGUUUUCCCCACCCAGGCAGCCAGGUAACCUGCUUUAAGACUUCAGUCAGUGCUAAUUUCUGACUGGCCACUUCAAUGUGAGCAAAAGCCUGCCUGGUUCUUUAGUAGCUUCGUUGGGCAGCAUGUCUAAGAGUUUACAUAAAGGAGCCUCAGACAAUGGGUCAUUUCAACUAACACGCUAACAGCUGUAUCAAUUACAUCAUCAGUAUUUAAACAUGGUUUUAAAACAGUUUUGUGACAAAGAUAGAAUCUUUAAUUGUAGCACAUGCGCAAUUCCAGACUGAUCUCAUUGAGUCACUAGGUUGAAGUCAUCAGCCUCAUCAGCAUGGAUCAUGGUAUCAAGAAAGAGUCUCCAGACAGAAUUUUAAUUUGUGUUGAUCAGACUCACAUUUAUAUAGCACAUUUCUAAGUGAUGCAUUUGUCCCAAACUUGAGCACUUUCAGCAAUUUUGAAGUGUAAUAGUAAGUUAUAAGUGCACACUUUGUUCGUUCGCGAUUUAUUUAAAGAGAGUGAGUUUUAAUAGUUGGCGCAGGAUUAACAGGACUUAACCCCAGCACCUAUCAACAAUGACUUUUCAGAAAUUUCCUAUAGUUUUUGGCCAUUGUGAAUGUCCCUUGCAAUAUGCAUUUUUUUUUACUGAAUGACAAAAGGAUUUCAAACAAUCUUAACAAAAAAAAAUCAGAAAUGCAAAUGGAAUGGUCGCUCUGUAAAAUGUGGAAGGUGUUCUGUCCAGCCACAAAAAGUUUGUGCUGGUCAGCUGCUUAUUAGACUCUGUAUAUGCAUUAUGAAUUAUUAGACUCUGUAUAUGCAUCAGUUGAUUUAGAUUUGUAGGCAGUAUGUAUAUAAUUGUUAUCCCAAAGAUUUGCAUCAUACAGCAACUGGCCAGGCAUCGUAUGUAUAAUUUUAAAAGUUCCAAUGUUUAAUAUAUCUAAAAGAAUAACCUUCAGUGAAUAUUUUUUUGGAAAUGCCUAGGGGGUUAUUUAGUUGACAAAUAUAAACACUGUACAGUGGAAUUUUUCUGUGCACGUGUGUGUGAAUAUGUGUCUGAACUAAUGCUAGCUAGGAUAUAUUAUGCUAUUAGAAAAGGCUUGAUAUCUGCAGCACCCUUACUAAAGGGUUGUAAUGCUCCAUGAAAUGAUAAAAUGUCGGACUUGUUUCACAGAGUAAUCAGGUCCGAAUAUGUUAUCUUUGGGCAUUAUACAAAACAGUCCUUAAGCUUGGGAGCUAGGAUAAGCUUGACUUUAUGUUGUUUCCCACUCUACUCUCCCGGUAGAAUUAUACAGGUACUUUAAAAUAUGUUGAAUGUUUUCUUUGUUUACUUAAUAGAAUUGGUUUCUAAAAUUACAUAAGCAGUAUGCGAUUUCUGGAAAACCUGUUUCUGAGCAUUCUGCAGGCAGGUGAAACGGACUUUGCUCAACUUGCUGUAUUUGAAUACUGUUUUCUAUUAAUUAAUGGAACAAAAUUGGCACCAUUUGUAAAGCAGUUAGAUUGGACAGCCCAGAUGGGAAUGUGAUGUGAAUAGAAGGUAAAAUGUUUUGAUCAUUCGGGUGCUUUAGCUGUUGUUUGGAGUUUGUUGUUUUAAGAUUUUCUUUAAUUCCAAAAUGGUGUAAAUAAUUUUGUAUGAUUUUCUUCAUUUAAUUGCCAAGACUCUGUAAAAUGUCAUCAGAUCCAACAAUGAUUUACCCAAGAGUGCCAAUUGUAUCUAUACUGAUCUGAAGAACAGACAUUUCUGGAAGUUCGACUAGCUGCUAGUUCUCUAGCAUCGCUGCUUUGUUUCCAGUGGCAUGCUGAUCUAGUGUCCAUGCUCCAAAUCAACCCAACUCUGCCCAAACUGUCCAAUCUAAAUUUAAAAGUGCAUAGCAAGAAGAAUGUUUGUAUAGAAACUUCUCAAAUUUUGUUUCUACAUGGUCCAAAAUCUGGGAAAGUUUAAAAUCUGACAUUGUCUUGGUUGUAAGAGUGCCAGUUUUUGGAUAGUGGACCUGUACAGCUGAAUAUAAGUAAUUGUGGUAAAUUUUGUUAUAUGAUGUGUUAGCAAAUCUGAUGCCAAAAGUUAAUGAAAUUUGAUUGAUCUGUUCCACUACAUGUAAAUUCUUUCAAUUUUUUUGUACCCUACCUGUUUGAGCAGCAAAUCUUUUUUAUAUAUAUAUAUAUAAAAAAAAUCACUUGCAUUC